AUGACUUUCAUUGGAGGCCUCACUGGACUUUGGAUAGUCGCCCUGGUGGCGGUUCAUGGUGCAAAUCUGAGAGAAUCCAGGAAGAACUUUCUCAACGAGCCAGACGUCCCCUUCCCGCCCGCCCGUCCCACCGCUCACAACCUCGCCGCCAUCUGCCACCAGGGUCAGGGUCGCCCCAGGUACCCGGACAGCUUCUUCCCACCUAACGGUUUCAGCCACUUCCGCCGCCGGGGAAAAGCCAUCAACCGCCUGGAGUCGUGGUACUCGAUGUGCUGCAGCGGACGAGUAGCUCAGCAGAGCAGCCAGAUCCUGUGCUGCACCCAGCAAGCUUGGAAACAAGCCCUGUCUCAGUUCUGUGUGGACGAAUACUCCAUCAUGACCGCCCCGUUCGUCUGCUGUGAGGCCUCCGGAGAUGCUCGCUGGAAAUGCUUCAAUGACGGGCCGACAAACCCGAAGUACAACCCGAUACCAGGCUACACCGCCCCGCCGAUGAACUGGGAGCUGGGAUUCACCUUCAACCCCAGGGCCUGCUAGAGCUGAAAGCAAGAAACGGAGAGUUCAGAGGAAAAAUCAACAGCGUUUUAGGACAAGUGGAAGAUAAUGCUGAGCUGAUGCUGUAUAUUAAUGCAUUUUCAACAUGCUUACAUGCUUUGUUUAAGUGAAGGAUCAACCAGAGAAGUGAUAUUUGACUUGAUUUAAGUGUUUCAAAGGAAAAAAAGGGGAAAAAAGUCACUGAUGUAAUAAAACAAGUGUUCAGCAGGGGUCAUGGUUGGCUGGAGGAGGUGGGGGAAUGUUUCAUGUCAGUGAUAAAAGUUUAAAUGUGCUGCCCAGCUUGAAUAGAAACGUGCUGUAAAGGGACACAAAUAAACACU